ACAAGCGAAGCCCGGAGACGAUAGAAUGUGUUUGUGACUAGGUCGAAACAGCAGUGAGUCGAGUGUCGUUUUAACGGAAGGUUUGAGGCGAACGUGAGCGGAGAGAAGUGAAACCUGAAGGUGGUUCCUCCCGAGCAGACUGGAGCUCGCUUAGACUCCGCCCACCGCCACUCUCCCCCAAUCGUCACCUCCACGCCGUCAAACAUAAAUCCUCGCGCGCGCCGAGCCUCCAGACUCUCUCCCACUCCUCCGAGAGACAACUUCUAGCUGCACCACUGACCUCGCCGAGGAGCCUCGAGACACUUCGGCUAGGAGUUUGGUGUGCGCUCGCGGACGGUCCAUUUGGAUUUAGACGGAUUCUCGUUUUUCUCCUGAACACGUUGCUCGCAUGAAUCUCCUCGACCCGUACCUGAAGAUGACAGAAGAACAGGAAAGGUGUCACUCCGACGCUCCGAGUCCCAGCAUGUCCGAGGACUCGGCCGGGUCGCCGUGUCACUCCGGCUCCGGCUCCGACACCGAGAACACCCGGCCCUCCGACAACCACCUCCUGCUGGGCGCCGACUACAAGAAGGACGGCGAGGAGGAGGAGAAGUUCCCGGUGUGUAUCCGUGACGCGGUGUCGCAGGUGCUGAAGGGCUACGACUGGACGCUCGUGCCGAUGCCGGUGCGCGUGAACGGUUCCAGCAAGAGCAAGCCUCACGUCAAGCGACCCAUGAACGCCUUCAUGGUCUGGGCUCAGGCGGCGCGCAGGAAGCUCGCGGACCAGUACCCGCACCUGCACAACGCGGAGCUGAGCAAGACUCUGGGCAAACUCUGGAGGCUGCUGAAUGAGGUGGAGAAACGGCCCUUCGUGGAGGAAGCGGAGCGCCUGAGGGUGCAGCACAAGAAAGACCACCCGGACUACAAGUACCAGCCCAGGCGGAGGAAGUCUGUCAAGAACGGACAGAGCGAGUCCGAGGACGGGGAGCAGACGCACAUCUCCCCCAACGCCAUCUUCAAGGCGCUCCAGCAGGCGGACUCGCCCGCCUCCAGCAUGGGGGAGAUGCACUCCCCGGGAGAGCACUCAGGCCAGUCCCAGGGUCCCCCAACCCCUCCGACGACACCCAAGACCGACCUCCCCUCGAGCAAGUCGGACCUGAAGCGCGAGGGUCGGCCCAUGCAGGAGGGCACCAGCCGCCAGCUCAACAUCGACUUUGGCGCCGUGGACAUUAGCGAGCUGAGCAGCGAGGUCAUCUCCAACAUGGGCAGCUUCGACGUCGACGAGUUCGACCAGUACCUGCCCCCGCACAGCCAUGCCGGGGCAGUGGCGGCGGCGGGUCAGGCCGGGUACACCGGCAGCUAUGGCACCGGCGGCUCCAGCCAUGUCACCGGCGCCGCGGCCCACGCCUGGAUGUCCAAACAGCAGCACUCUCUGACCACCCUGGGCGCCGAGCAGCAGAGAACCACCCAGAUCAAGACAGAGCAGCUGAGUCCCAGCCACUACAGCGAGCAGCAGGGCUCCCCCCAGCACGUCGCCUACGGCUCUUUCAGCCUGCAGCACUACAGCGGCGCGUCCUACCCCUCCAUCACCAGGGCACAGUAUGACUAUUCAGAGCACCAAGGCGGUGCCAACUCCUACUACAGCCACGCCGCCGGCCAGGGCUCCGGCCUCUACUCCACCUUCAGCUACCCGAGCCCGACCCAGAGGCCCAUGUACACCCCCAUCGCCGACACCAGCGGAGUGCCGUCGGUGCCGCAGACCCACAGUCCACAGCACUGGGAGCAGCCCAUUUACACACAACUGUCCCGGCCCUGAGACACUGACCCCCCUCCCCACAGACUGUGCAGCAGCUUCGCCAACAGAACUCUUUUCUAGUACUGAGAAUAUAUCCCAGGAUUGGCUCACGACAGUGCCUUUUGUAUCGGUUGGAAUUAUUGUGAUUAUAUUUUUUUAGAUAUAACGUUUCAGAAAAAAAUAAUCCUCUGUGAGGACGAACUGGUCAUAAAUAUUUUAGUAUGUACUGUGUAUGUGUUCCGCUCUCCUCAGUGUCAUUCUCUCUGUCAGGAUCGAAGGUUUUAACUUCCUCAGUGGCCUUACGUUGUUUGUACAGGAAGUAGGAAGCCGUUUACCGACACUGCCGCCUUAUCAUCGCCUGCUCUCGCCUUCGUGCUGUAAAUAUUUAAGUGUGAUUCUGACAAUGCAGAUGCAGGGACUAAGCAGGUUGGGGUCGGAGCCGCUCGAUGAUUCUUGGUGUUGUGAACGCUACUUCAGGUGCCAUGUAACUCUCCGAGGGGCCUUACUGUGUUGCUAGCUGACUUUUGUUCUGGAGUUCUGCCUUCAUACCACUGGUGCCUGUGGAGCCGCCGACGCUCCAUCAGAUGGUACCACAGUGUGGAAAUCACAGCAUUGACUUCCUGCUAGUGGGAAGUGACCUUUGACCCCCACACAGCCACAUUCUUCGUCCUAACGUUUUCUUAAUUUAUUCUUUAGCAUUAAUUUUAUUUGAAAAUUAACUAUCUUUGUUUUGGAAUUCAACCGCAGCUAACUGAGAUCAGCCCGUUGUUUAGCUGUUUUAAUUUAUCGUUUGUAAAUGUUUCCGUACGCUUCUUUUGAUGAUCUUCGUUUUGUACAGGUGACUUAUAAUUACUGGAAUUAACAAACGAAUUAAUGGAUACGGAAGCUGUUUUUUUUAUUUUUGAGAAUCUGCUGGAUUAGACUGGAUACUUUUUUUUAAAAAAAAGCUCCUCAUUUUAUAUUCUGUAUUGUUAGUUUUGUCCUUUUCCUAAUGCAGUUUUCUUUAGGUAAAGCUGGCGUUGUCUUAAAAGCUUAUCUUUUGUAUUAUAUUGUUUGCAAUAAAAAGAAAAGUCAGUGUA